UCGAGUAAAUUUGGCCAAAGGUACACGUACGGUUGGUUGGUUGGCUGUUUCAAAGCUACAUUCUGUACCGCAAUUGAAUGCUGCAGAUAUUCCUGUAGCUAGGGUUUUAAUUGUAAGGAGCUUGAUUUUGGUUGGUGAGGUGUGUCUAUAACAAGUAACGCCGAUUUGAUUUGCUCUACAAUUUAUGGCUUCGAAUCAUCCAUCUUUGGAAAUGCUGCAAGAGCCGAGCAUUGACACUGAUAAGCUUAGCUACGAGAUUUUCUCCAUUCUCGAGAGCAAGUUCUUAUUCGGCUACGAUGAUCCUAAGCUUUGGAAACCUAAACAGGUUUCUCCCCAAGUUUCUGUCACGCCGACACCGGUGGCUGUGGGAGAUGAUAACGGUGUUCAAGCCAUCAAAAAUCAGAGAGGAAAAAUCUGUGUGCUCUCCAUCGACGGUGGAGGAAUGCGGAGUAUUUUAGCUGGAAAAGCGUUAGCUUAUCUAGAAAACGCGUUGAAGGUCAAGUCCGGCAAUCAGAACGCGAGAAUAGCUGAUUAUUUCGAUGUGGCAGCCGGUACCGGAGUAGGAGGCGUCUUCACCGCGAUGUUGUUCGGAAGCAGAAACAACAGCAGUCCGAUUUUCAAGGCGGAGGACACGUGGAAGUUUCUGGCGGAGCAAGGGAAGCGAUUGUACCAGCCGAAAUCAAGUUCCGGCAGCGGCAGAGGUGAAGGUUUUUUGAAAAGGAUUCUCCGCGGCGGAAACAGUAGCGGAGGAGUGACUCAUGCGACGGCUGGAUUUGAAAACGCAAUGAAGGAAGCUUUCACCGUCAAUGGACAGAGUUUAACAUUGAAAAACACACUAAAGCCUGUGUUGAUCCCUUGCUACGACCUCUCCAGCUCAGCUCCAUUUCUCUUCUCCCGAGCCGACGCUUUGGAAACAGACAGCUUCGACUUCCGUCUCUGGGAGGUCUGCCGCGCCACAACAGCUUUGCCAGGGUUGUUCGAACCGGUGUCGAUGAAGUCCGUCGACGGAAAGACACGUUGUGUGGCGGUUGACGGUGGUUUAGCCAUGAGCAACCCUACGGCAGCGGCAAUCACGCACGUCCUACACAACAAGCAGGAGUUCCCAUUCGUGCGAGGGGUGGAGGACCUUUUGGUACUUUCGUUCGGCACCGGCCAGCUUCUAGAAGGGAACUACGAUUAUAAUCAAGUCAAAGGGUGGAAAGCUAAAGACUGGGCUCGCCCCAUGGCUAGAAUUUCCGGUGACACCUCCGCCGACAUGGUGGACCACGCCAUCUCCAUGGCGUUUGGUCAAAGCCGUAGCAGUAAUUACGUCCGCAUUCAGGCAAAUGGAUCGGAUAUGGGUCGAUGUGGGGUGAAUGUUGAUUCUGAUUGUAGCCCCAGCAAUGUAAAGUUGUUGACAGGAAUAGCUGAUGAAAUGUUGAAACAGAAGAAUGUGGAGUCGGUGCUGUUUGGAGGUAAGAGGAUCGGUGAGCAGAGUAAUUUCGAGAAACUUGAUUGGUUUGCAGGAGAACUUGUAUUGGAGCAUCAGAGGAGGAGUUGCAGGAUAGCUCCCACUGUUGCCUUUAAGCAAGCUACCCCCAAACCCAUAUGAACAAAUUCUUCAUCAAGGGCAAAGGGAAAGGGGAUGGUGGUCAAAAAGGGAAAAGAAGUAAAGUAGUAUGUAUACCAGCCUUAUGUUGAAAGAGAAAGAGGGACAGGUAAAUUGACUGAAAAGGACACUCGACUCAACUGUAAAAAAAACAAGAAAGAAAAGGAAAGGCAAGGCAAGGCAUGGUUAGGGGGUAAGAACAGCCAUCGUGGUCUCCACUCUAUCUUGCUUUGUCCUUUACCUCAAGAGGGAGAACAAAAUAAAAGAGGGCAAAUAUGGAAAAAACAAACAAAAAACAGCCAGUGACUGUGUGUGUGUGUGUGGGGAAGUCAAGUCUUGGAAUGCUGAAUGGAAAUUUGAGGCUCAUUUUUAGACUUGCUGCUAAUUUGUGUUAUGGAUUUAGAUUUUGAUUGAAGGAGUAGUUGAUUAUUUUCAAGAAAACCCUUUUAAUUUUGUUUAAAUUUGUGAAAUAGAGACAAGUGGGGGUGGGGGUAUCAUGAAAAGCAACAUGCCUUCCUGUGGGAUCCCACAAGAUUUUACUAGAUUUAGAGGUUUUGUUGUUCUUUGGUCAUGUUUAUUAUAAUAGUGGCUGGUUUCAUU